AGUAGCACAAGUUUCUCUUCCCAACAUGUAUCUACAAAGUCUAGUCCAAAUCCAAACAUAGUUUCUCAAAGUUUAUUGCUUUUGAACUCAAAACAAAAAAAAAAGAGCUUUGUUCAUUGUCUUUCAGUUUUUUUGUUAUUUUCCCAUUCCUGUGGCAAAAAAUAAAAAUAAAAAAUACUAAAAAUCAAAACUCAAAAAUAGUGUUGGAAUUGUCUGAAUUUUUGUACCAGUGGUUAGAGGUAGAUCAUUCUUUUGAAGUCAAUUUGCAUUAGUCUUGUAGAUCGCAUCAUCAGUAGCACCAGAGUUGUUCCAUUGAUUCUCCAUUGUUUCAUAAUUCAGGUUUUGACUCAAGUCACAAGGAAGAGGAGAAGAAACGAAAAUCAAUGGAAAUUUUAAUUUCUGUUGUUGCAAAAAUAGCAGAAUAUACUGUUGUGCCUAUUGGACGUCAAGCAAGUUACUUGAUAUUCUACAAAGGUAACUUCAAGACGUUAAAGGAUCAUGUUAAAGACCUUGAGGCUGCAAGAGAAAGAAUGAUCCAUUCGGUUGAAAGAGAAAGGGGAAAUGGUAGAGAAAUUGAAAAAGAUGUUCUGAAUUGGUUGGAGAAAGUGAACGAGGUCAUUGAAAAGGCGAAUGGGCUUCAAAACGAUCCUCGUCGUCCCAAUGUUAGGUGCUCAACAUGGUUGUUCCCCAACUUGAUUUUACGUCAUCAACUAAGUAGGAAAGCCACAAAAAUUGCGAAAGAUGUUGUUCAAGUUCAAGGAAAAGGGAUUUUUGAUCAAGUUGGUUACCUUCCCCCUCUAGAUGUAUUAGCCUCCUCCUCACCAAGAGAUGGUGAAAAUUAUGACACAAGGGAGUCGCUUAAGGAUGACAUUGUGAAGGCACUAGCAGAUCUUAAUUCACAUAACAUUGGAGUCUAUGGGUUGGGUGGGGUGGGUAAGACCACUCUGGUGGAGAAAGUUGCUGUAAUAGCGAAGAAAAACAAAAUGUUCGAUAAAGUGGUUACAACACAUGUAUCUGAAAACCCAGACUUUAAAACAAUUCAAGGAGAGAUUGCAGAUUCUUUGGGUUUGCAAUUCGUUGAGGAGACUGUUCUUGGCAGAGCAAAUCGCCUAAGACAGAGAAUCAAGAUGGAGAAAAAUAUCCUUGUCAUUUUAGAUGAUAUUUGGAGUAUACUUGAUUUGAAGAAAGUGGGAAUUCCAUUUGGAAAUAAACAUAAUGGUUGCAAAUUGUUGAUGACUAGUAGAAAUCAAGAUGUGUUACUGAAAAUGGAUGUUCCAAUGGAGUUCACUUUCAAACUUGAACUUAUGAGUGAAAAUGAGACAUGGAGCUUGUUUCAAUUUAUGGCCGGAGAUGUGGUUGAAGAUAGAAAUUUGAAAGAUGUAGCAGUUCAAGUUGCUAAAAAAUGUGAAGGUUUGCCUCUUAUGGUAGUGACAGUAGCACGUGCAAUGAAAAAUAAGAGGGAUGUCCAAUCUUGGAAAGACGCACUAAGGAAAUUACAAAGUACUGAUCAUACAGAGAUGGAUUCGAUAACUUAUUCUGCUUUGGAAUUGAGUUACAACUCUUUGGAGAGUGAUGAAAUGAAAGAUCUCUUCUUGCUUUUUGCAUUACUGCUAGGUAAUGAUAUAGAGUACUUUCUCAAAGUUGCAAUGGGGUUGGACAUAUUGAAGCAUAUUAAUGCCAUUGAUGAUGCAAGAAACAGACUUUACACAAUAACCAAAUCUUUGAAGGCGACUUGUCUUUUGCUUGAAGUUAAAACAGGUGGAAGGAUUCAAAUGCAUGACUUUGUUCGUGAUUUUGCCAUCUCCAUAGCACGCAGGGACAAACAUGUGUUUCUAAGAAAACAAUUUGAUGAGGAAUGGACAACCAAGGAUUUUUUCAAAAGGUGCACGCAGAUCAUUCUCGAUAGGUGUUGUAUUCACGAGCUUCCUCAAAUGAUUGAUUGUCCAAACAUUAAGCUUUUCUAUUUGGGCAGUAUGAAUCAAUCUUUAGAAAUCCCUGAUACUUUUUUUGAGGGUAUGAGAAGCCUUAGAGUGCUAGAUUUAACGCACUUGAACUUGCUAUCAUUACCCACAUCGUUUCGGUUAUUAACAGACCUUCAAACAUUGUGUUUGGAUCAAUGCGUUUUGGGAAAUACGGAUGCAAUAGAAGCUUUGCAAAAUUUAGAAAUUCUUCGCCUAUGGAAAUCUUCAAUGAUCAAGUUGCCAAGAGAAAUAGGCAGAUUGAUUCAAUUGAGAAUGCUUGAUUUGAGCCAUUCAGGAAUAGAAGUAGUCCCACCCAACAUCAUAUCAAACUUGACUAAAUUGGAGGAGUUGUACAUGGGCAAUACCUCUAUUAAUUGGAAAGAUGUGAAUUCAAAAGUUCAAAAUGAAAAUGCUAGCAUUGCCGAGCUUCGAAAACUACCACACUUGACAGCUUUGGAAUUACAAGUUCGUGAGACUUGGAUGUUGCCAAGGGACUUGCAAUUGGUGUUUCAGAAGCUGGAAAGAUACAAAGUAGCUAUUGGAGAUGUAUGGGACUGGUCUGACAUUAAGGAUGGAACCUUAAAAACAUUGAUGCUCAAACUUAGUACCAACAUACAUUUGGAGCAUGGAAUUAAAGCAUUGGUUAAAGGUGUUGAGAACUUGUACUUAGAUGAUGUAGAUGGAAUUCAAAAUGUGCUUUAUCAACUAAAUGGGGAAGGAUUUCCAUUGCUGAAACAUCUCCACGUCCAAAAUAAUGCAAACAUGAAGCACAUUGUUGACUCUAAAGAGAGGAAUCAAAUUCAUGUGUCCUUUCCCAUCUUGGAAACACUAGUACUUCUUAAUCUUAAAAACUUGAUGCAUAUAUGUCAUGGUCCACUUUCAAUUACUUCUUUUGGAAGUCUCAAUGUUGUCAAAGUAAAAAACUGCGUCCAGUUAAAAUAUCUUUUCUCCUUUGCAAUGCUAAAAGGACUUUCUCACCUUCGUGAGAUUGAAGUUUGUCAAUGCAAUUCUAUGAAGGAGAUAGUGCUCGAAGACAACAAUUCAUGUGCAAAUAAUGAUAUAACUAAUGAAAAAAUUGAGUUUCUUCUAUUGCGUUCUUUGACUUUAGAACAUUUGGAGACACUUGAUUCUUUCUUCUCUUAUUGUUUGACACAUUCCAGAAGUAAGCAAAACUGUCAUGGUUUAGAGCGGAAUGUUUCUACACCAUUUUUCAAUGCUCAGGUUGCAUUUCCUAAAUUGGAUACCGUUAAAUUGAGCUCAAUUCUCAAUUUGAAUCAAGUUUGGGAUGACAAUCAUCAAUCUAUGUACAACUUGACUAACUUGAUUGUCGAUAAUUGUGUUGGAUUGAAGUAUUUAUUUCCCUCUACUUUGGUUGAAAGUUUUAUGAACCUCAAACACCUUGAAAUAAGUAAUUGUCCUAUGAUGGAGGAGAUAAUAGCUAAAAAAGACAGAAACAAUGCAUUGAAAGAGGUUCAUUUUUUGAAAUUAGAGAAAAUCUUACUGAAGGAUAUGGACAACUUGAAGACAAUAUGGCAUCCCCAAUUUAAAACAUUGAAGAUGUUGGAAGUGAACAAUUGUAAGAAAAUUGUGGUUGUUUUUCCUUCUUCAGUGCAAAACACAUAUAAUGAUCUUGAGAAGUUGGAGGUUACAAAUUGUGCUUUAGUUGAAGAGAUAUUUGAAUUGAAUUUCAAUGAAAAUAACAGUGAAGAGGCUACAACACAUUUGAAAGAGGUUACUAUAGAUGGAUUGUUGAAGUUGAAAAAGAUAUGGAGUGGAGAUCUUGAAGGAAUUCUUAGUUUUCAAGCUAUUAAUUGUGCAAUCGUAAAUGAAUGUCCAAGCUUGGAGUAUCUAUUACCACUUUCCGUAGCCACUCGUUGCUCACAUCUGAAGGAACUUGAUAUAAAGGAUUGUCAGAACAUGAAGGAAAUUGUUGCAGAGGAGAAAGAAUCUAGCGUGAAUGCAGCUCCCAUAUUUGAGUUUAAUCAACUAACUACUUUAUUGCUUUGGGGCUUAAAUAAACUCAACAGCUUCUAUGCUGGAAAUCACACUCUAGUAUGUCCAUCUUUGACGAAGAUUGAUGUUUACAAAUGUACAAAGUUGAAUUUGUUCAGAACUCUAUCUACAAGAAGCUCCAAUUUUCAAGAUGACAAACACUCUAUUUUGACGCAGCAACCACUUUUCAUUGCUGAAGAGGUGAUUCCAAACAUAGAGGAGUUGAAGAUCGUACAGGCAGAUGCUGACAUGAUAUUGCAAAUCCAAAACUCAAGUUCCCUCUUUUGCAAAAUGACCCUUCUUGGUUUGGCUAGCUAUAACACUGAAGAGGCUAGAUUUCCUUAUUGGUUUCUUGAAAAUGUGCAUACUCUUGAGUCAUUAGUUGUUGAGGAUAGUUGCUUCAAGAAGAUAUUUCAAGAUAAAGGAGAAAUAAGUGAGAAGAAGACUCAAACACAAAUAAAAAACCUGAUGUUGAAUGAAUUACCUAAACUUCAACAUAUAUGUGAGGAAGGAUCCCAAAUUGACCCAGUUCUUGAGUUCCUUGAAUACUUAAAUGUUAGUAACUGUUCUAGUCUGACAAAUUUGAUGCCUUCCUCUGUCACCCUUAAUCGUCUGACAUAUUUAGAGGUAACAAAAUGUGAUGGGCUAAAAUAUUUAAUCACAACUCCUACGGCACGAUGUUUGGACAAGCUCACAGUGUUGAUUAUAAAAGACUGUAAUUCACUUGAAGAAAUAAUUACUGGAGUAGAAAAUGUUUUUGACAUUGCUUUUAUUAAUUUAGAAACUUUGAUGUUGGAAUGUUUGCCAAGCCUCGUCAAAUUUUGCUCUAGUAAGUGCAUCUUGAAGUUUCUAUCGUUAGAGGAAGUAUUUGUGAGGGAAUGUCCUCGGAUGAAGAUUUUUUCAGCAGGAAAUACAAGUACACCAAUUCUUCGAAAAGUUAAAAUUGCAGAAAAUGAAGAAUGGCUUUGGAAGGGAAACCUGAACGAUACAAUAUACAACAUGUUUGAAGAUAAGGUGGCAUUUGGUAGUUUCAAGCAUUUAAAACUAUCUGAAUAUCCCGAGUUAAAAGAGUUGUGGUAUGGUCAUCUUCAGCAUAACACAUUUAGGAGUUUGAAGUAUCUAGUGGUUCAUAAAUGUGAUUUUUUAUCCGAUGUGCUCUUUCAACAGAAGUUGCUAGAAGUGCUAAUCAACUUGGAAGAAUUAGAUAUCAAAGACUGUAAUUCAUUAGAAGCAGUUUUUGAUUUGACAGGUGAAUUUGCAAAAGAAAUUGUUUUGCAUAAUUCUACUCAAUUGCAAAAAUUAAAACUAUCUAAUCUUCCAAAACUGAAGCAUGUAUGGAAGGAGGAUCCACAUAACACUGUGAGGUUUCAAAAUUUAAAUGAUGUAUCUGUUGUGGGAUGCAGAAGCUUGAUAAGCCUCUUUCCACUCUCAGUGGCUAGUGAUAUGAUGAAAAUUCAAAGUCUUCGAGUAAGUAAAUGCGGCAUCCAAGAAAUUGUUGCCAAGGAAGAUGGAACAGAUGAGAUAGUUAAAUUUGUGUUUCCUCAUUUAACAUCCAUCACACUUAAUUAUUUGACCAAACUUAAGGCAUUCUUUGUUGGGGUCCAUUCUCUUCAAUGUAAAUCAUUGAAAACGAUCGAUCUCUUUGCAUGUCCAAAUAUAGAGCUUUUUAAGGCAGAACCUUUGAAACACGAAGAAAGCAUUAGAAAUGAUGAGCUCAAUAUUUCAAAAUAUCAACCUCUUUUUGUGAUUGAAGAGGUACUUGCCAAUGUGGAGAACUUAAACUUGAACAAUAAAGAUUUUGGCAUGAUUUUACUGAGCCAAUUUUCAGGGGUUCAAUUCAACAACAUCAAACACAUUACCGUGUGCGAAUUCUACAAUGAAGAAGCUAAUUUUCCAUAUUGGUUCUUGAAAAAUGUUCCUAAUUCAGAAAGCUGGUUGGUCGAAUGGAGUUUAUUCACAGAGAUAUUCCAAGGCGAAGAAAUCAUAAGAGGAGAAAAGGAAACUCAAAUUAGCCCGCGACUCAAACAGUUGAAAUUACGGCACCUGAGCAAGCUUCAAUGUAUAUGCAAAGAAGGAUUUCAAAUGGAUCCAGUUCUACAGUUUCUUGAAAGCAUUUAUGUUUAUCAGUGUUCCAGUCUGACAAUGUUGGUUCCAUCUUCUGUUACCUUUUGUUAUAUGACCUUUUUGGAGGUAACAAACUGCAAUGGGUUGAAUAAUUUGAUAACACACUCAACAGCAAAGAGUCUUGUCAAACUCAUAACAAUGAAGAUUAAAAUGUGUAAUUGGCUUGAGGAUAUAGUGAAUGGUAAAGAAGAUGAGACAAACGAGAUUGAGUUUUGUAGUUUACAAACUCUAGAACUAAUUUCUUUAGAAAGGCUCUCUCGAUUUUGCUCAUGCUCAUGCACCAUCAUGUUUCCGUUGCUGGAAGUUGUAGUUGUCAAAGAAUGUCCUCGAAUGGAACUUUUUUCGUUUGGAGUGACCAAAACAACAAAUCUUCAACAUGUACAAACUGAUGAAGGAAAUCAUUGGGAGGGUGACCUCAACAGAACCGUAAAGAGACUGUUUGAUGACAAGGUGGCAUUUGGUAGUUUCAAGCAUUUAAAACUAUCUGAAUAUCCUGAGUUAAAAGAGUUGUGGUAUGGUCAUUUUCAGCAUAACACAUUUAGGAGUUUGAAGUAUCUAGUGGUUCAUAAAUGUGAUUUUUUAUCCGAUGUGCUCUUUCAACCAAAGUUGCUAGAAGUGCUAAUCAACUUGGAAGAAUUAGAUAUCAAAGACUGUAAUUCAUUAGAAGCAGUUUUUGAUUUGAAAGGUGAAUUUGCAAAAGAAAUUGUUUUGCAGAAUUCUACUCUAUUGAAGAAAUUAAAACUAUCUAAUCUUCCAAAACUGAAGCAUGUAUGGAAGGAGGAUCCACAUUACACUAUGAGGUUUCAAAAUUUAAGUGAUGUAUCUGUUGUGGAAUGUGAAUGCUUGAUGAGCCUCUUUCCACUCUCAGUGGCUAGAGAUAUGAUGCAACUUCAAAGUCUUCGGGUAAGUCGGUGUGGGAUUCAAGAAAUUGUUGUCAAGGAAGAAGGAACAGAUGAGAUAGUUAAAUUUCUGUUUCCACAUUUAACAUCCAUCACACUUAAUUAUUUGACCAAACUUAAGGCAUUCUUUGUUGGGGUCCAUUCUUUUCAAUGUAAAUCAUUGAAAACGAUCGAUCUCUUUGCAUGUCCAAAUAUAGAGCUUUUUAAGGCAGAACCUUUGAAUCACGAAGUAUGCACUAGAAAUGAUGAGCUCAAUAUUUCAAAAUAUCAACCUCUUUUUGUGAUUGAAGAGGUACUUGCCAAUGUGGAGAACUUAAACUUGAACAAUAAAGAUUUUGGCAUGAUUCUACAGAGCCAAUUUUCAGGGGUUCAAUUCAACAACAUCAAACACAUUACCGUGUGCGAAUUCUACAAUGAAGAAGCUAAUUUUCCAUAUUGGUUCUUGAAAAAUGUUCCUAAUUCAGAAAGCUGGUUGGUCGAAUGCAGUUUAUUCACAGAGAUAUUCCAAGGCGAAGAAAUCAUAAGAGGAGAAAAGGAAACUCAAAUUAGCCCGCGCCUCAAACAGUUGAAAUUACGGCACCUGAGCAAGCUUCAAUGUAUAUGCAAAGAAGGAUUUCAAAUGGAUCCAGUUCUACAGUUUCUUGAAAGCAUUUAUGUUUAUCAGUGUUCCAGUCUGACAAUGUUGGUUCCAUCUUCUGUUACCUUUUGUUAUAUGACCUUUUUGGAGGUAACAAACUGCAAUGGGUUGAAUAAUUUGAUAACACACUCAACAGCAAAGAGUCUUGUCAAACUCAUAACAAUGAAGAUUAAAAUGUGUAAUUGGCUUGAGGAUAUAGUGAAUGGUAAAGAAGAUGAGACAAACGAGAUUGAGUUUUGUAGUUUACAAACUCUAGAACUAAUUUCUUUAGAAAGGCUCUCUCGAUUUUGCUCAUGCUCAUGCACCAUCAUGUUUCCGUUGCUGGAAGUUGUAGUUGUCAAAGAAUGUCCUCGAAUGGAACUUUUUUCGUUUGGAGUGACCAAAACAACAAAUCUUCAACAUGUACAAACUGAUGAAGGAAAUCAUUGGGAGGGUGACCUCAACAGAACCGUAAAGAGACUGUUUGAUGACAAGGUUGCAUUUCCUAAACUCAAAUACUUAGCCUUAUCUGACUAUCCUGAGCUAAAGAAUUUGUGGUAUGGCCAACUUCAUCGAAAUGUGUUCUGCAAUUUGAAACAUCUUUUGGUGCAAAAAUGUGAUUUUUUAUCACAUGUACUUUUUCCAUCAAAUGUAAUGCAAGUUCUACUUGCAUUGGAAGAACUAGAAGUAAAAGAUUGUGAUUCCCUAGAAGCAGUUUUUGAGGUGAAAGGUAUGAAGUCACAAGAAAUAUUGAUUAAACAAAGAACUCAGCUGAAAAGAUUGACUUUGUCUAACUUACCUAAAUUGACGCACAUAUGGAAGGAGGAUCCUCAUGAAAUUAUCAGCUUUGGAAACUUAUGCAAGGUGGAUGUUUCUAUGUGCCAAAGCUUGUUAUAUAUCUUUCCAUAUUCACUAUGCCCAGAUCUUCGACAUCUUGAAACGCUUAAGAUAGAGUCUUGCAGAGUCAAAGAAAUUGUUGCAAUGGAAGAAACUGGGUCCAUGGAAAUUAAUUUUAAUUUCCCCCGGUUGAAAGUUAUGAAGUUGUACCAUUUGACAAAUUUUAAGAGUUUCUAUCAAGGAAAACAUACUUUAGAGUGCCCUUCAUUGAAGACUUUGAAUGUAUAUCAUUGUGAAGCAUUAAGAAUGUUUUCUUUGAAUAAUAUAGACUUGCAACAACCUUACUCGGUGGACGAAAAUCAUGAUAUACAGUUCCAACAAGCCCUGUUUUGUAUUGAAAAGUUGAGUCCCAUCGUGGAGGAAUGUGCAGUAAAUGGCACAGAUAUGUUGGGGAUAUUGAAUGGUUAUGGUCAAGAAAAUAUCUUUCAUAAAGUCAGAUUUCUUCGUUUACAAUGCUUCGUUGAAACUCCAACUAUUCUUUUGAAUGAUUUCCAUACAAUAUUUCCUAAUCUUGAAACAUUUCAAGUGCGUAAUAGUUCCUUUGAAAUAUUGUUCCCCACUAAAGGAACCACUGAUCAUCUCAGUAUGCAACUUUCAAGGCAAAUAAGAAAGUUGUGGCUUUUUGAUUUGGAAAAUCUCAAGCACGUAUGGCAGGUAGACUUUCCAUUGGAUCAUCCUCUGUUACAAUAUCUUGAAAACUUAUGUGUAGUGAAUUGUCCAAGUUUGAUAAGCUUGGUACCAUCAUCGUCAACAUCUUUCACAAAUUUAACAUAUUUGGUAGUGGACAACUGCAUAGAGCUAAUCUGUUUGAUAACAUCUACAACAGCAAAAAGUCUAGUUCAACUCAAAACAUUAAAAAUAAAGAAUUGUGAGAAGAUGUUGGAUGUUGUGAAAAUUGAUCACGAAGAAAAAGUAGAGGAAAACAUCCUAUUUGAAAACCUGGAAUUCUUGGAAUUAACUUCAUUGUCAUGUUUGAGAAGCUUCUGCUGUGGGAAACAAGCAAUCGUAUUCCCAUCGUUGCUAGACUUCGUUGUUAAAGGAUGCCCUCAAAUGAAAAUCUUCUCAUCUGCACUCACAGUAGCACCGUGUCUCACAUCAAUUGAGGUGGAAGAAGAAAACAUGCGAUGGAAAGGUGAUCUUAACACAACUAUUGAACAAAUGUUCAUAGAAAAGGAAGUCCCACAUUCUAGUUAAGUUACACAUUUUGAAUGACCAGACUAUCAUCUAUCGUCACAUUUGCAAGGUGCAAGAAACAUGUGAGUAGUAGUUCCAAGGAGCUAUUUAUAUUGGUAUUUGGAAGACUUUCUUUUAUUUAUUAUUUAUGUUGUAAUUUGAUUGGUUUCAUGUCAAGGACCUUGUAUUGUAAUUUUAUUCUCAUUGUUGUGGUAGGUUACGUCGAGGGAUUCUUUUAUUGUGUUAUUAUCUAAUUUGUUUAAUUGUCAAAUUCAACCAUGACAUUUUAGGGGUGUUCCUAAGUGUUUGAUGGAUCACUCUUUUUAUUUUGAAAAAUUUUAUUUUGAAAAAUUGAACAUUUCUAGUUGGACAUGCUAUGUA